AUGGCAUCAACCACAUCAAUCACAUUGCCCAACGGCAAGAAGUACGACCAGCCCACUGGUCUCUUCAUCAAUAAUGAGUAUGUCGCUGCUUCAGGCGACGAGUUCACAGUGACAAACCCAGUCACCGAGGAGGAAGUCGUCAAGCUCAAGGGAGCUUCAAAAGAAGACGUCGACAAGGCCGUCCAAGCUGCGCGCAAAGCUUUUGAAGGUGAAUGGUCAGAGCUCGCUGCUGUGGACCGCGGCGCGUUCCUCUACAAGCUUGCUGAUCUCAUUGAUCGCGACCGUGAGCUCAUCGCUGCCAUUGACGCCUUUGACAAUGGCAAGCCUUUCAGCGCUUGUCUCGCUGGCGAUCUCGACGAGUCAUACAAUGUAUUCCGAUACUACGCUGGUGCCGCCGACAAGAUCAGCGGCAAGACAAUUGAGACAUCUCCCGCCAAGCUCGCAUAUGUCCUCCAAGAACCUCUUGGUGUCUGCGGACAGAUCAUCCCGUGGAACUUCCCCUUCAUGAUGCUCGCUUGGAAGGUCGCGCCAGCGCUGGCAUGCGGUAAUACCGUCAUCCUCAAGCCCGCCGAGCAGACCCCUCUGUCUGCUUUAUACUUCGGUAAUCUUGUUAAGGAGGCUGGCCUCCCCGCUGGCGUUGUCAAUGUACUGCCUGGUCUUGGUCCCCAGACUGGAAAGGCUAUUGCUGGACACAUGGACAUUGACAAGGUUGCGUUCACAGGCAGCACCAAUACUGGUAGGGCUAUUAUGAAGGAUGCCGCGAAUAACCUGAAGAACAUCACGCUUGAGUGUGGUGGUAAGAGUCCUUCAAUUGUCUUUGCGGAUGCAGAGCUGGAGCAGGCUGUUAAGUGGUGCCACUUUGGAAUCAUGGACAACAAGGGAGAGGUUUGCACAUCCACCUCGAGAAUCUACGUGCACGAGGAUAUCUACGACAAGUUCCUUGAGAAGUUCGUCGCAGUCACAAAGGAGAAUGACAAGCUCGGAUCUCCCUUUGAAGAAGCAACAGUCCAAGGUCCUCAAGUCUCCAAGGCCCAAUUCGAUCGAGUUAUCUCAUAUAUUGAGGAGGGACGCAAGUCUGGUGCUAGACUCCUAUACGGUGGUAGCAAGCACGGUGACAAGGGCUACUAUCUUCAGCCAACAGUCUUUGCAGACACCACCGAGGAUAUGAAGAUCAUGAAAGAAGAAAUCUUUGGCCCUGUUGUCUCUAUUGCCAAGUUCUCCACAGACGAGGAAGCCAUCGCUAAAGCCAACGACACAUCCUACGGUCUUGCAGCUGCUCUAUUCACCGAGAAGAUCUCACGGGCACACAAGGUCGCUCGCAAGCUUCAGGCUGGUAUGGUCUGGAUCAACUCGUCCGGCGAUUCACACUUUGGUAUUCCCUUCGGUGGAUACAAGUCUUCUGGCAUUGGUCGUGAAUUGGGACAGUAUGCGCUAGAUGCAUACACUCAAUCCAAGGCUAUUCAUGUAAACCUGGGAUUUGAGCUGUAGGGGAAGCUGUAGAGAGAGGGUGAUACGAGAUAGCCAUAAUGAUACCAUAUGCUACAUGACUGAUUGCUAGGCUCUGCUGAGUGCCUGGUGAGUGACUGUUAUCUAGCUCGGUUAUCUUCCGAUGGAUCCC